AUCUUGUUGGAUCUACCAGAUCGGGACUCGUCGAGACAUCACUCCCUUUCUACCUCGUAUUCGAGUUGUAUAUCACAGAUCAUUGCUUGAUCGCGUACAGAAGUGCGACAUGUUACGGACGUUGGACCCAUCAUUUGUACACAAACUUCUGAAGACAACGCAGUCGUCUAGCGUCUAGUCGUUCAGUUAUAAAAGUCUGUCGGACAAUCGUAUUCAUGACGAAACACCACAAUGUACUCCGCAAGGAGCAACCGGUUCCGCACUCCGUUCGAGAGCCAACCCACUACCCUCGUAUCGAAUGGGGGUCCGGUCGAGAGGCCCAACACACUCCGAGUGACAAUCGUGCCUACCACGAGGACGAGGUGCCUUUGCUGUCGCCCAACGAACCGCGGGGGCUCAAAUCGUCCUUGCGCAAGCUGAACCCCCACCAUCGACGACUCAAAUCGGUUCGAUUCUGGUCGAGCUCGGAGGAAGCCGCCGUGGGCAAAGAGGCAGAUUCGACCUCGGUCGACACGCAAUGGCCGAGCUCGCGAAACGCCAACGUCUUGCAACGCGAUCGCGAUCGGGCAUUGCAAGCGUCGGCAGAGCCCGCGCUCGAACCCGUAUCGUCGUCUGCAUCCAGCCAGACCAGCGAGAUCCCUUACGUCCCCAUGCAACCGUACGUUAGUGUUUGGGCGUAUCAGGGAGGCAAAGAUCAACCGGCACCACUACCAACACCAUCUGUCAUCCGGGAAGAGCCGGUGCAGCCGCACCCUGCACAAGGCUGGAACCACGUCCUCCCUGCGAGCGAUAAUGUGGACAUCAGCCUCACCUUGCGCUUUGCCGCCACUGAACUCGCUCGUAACAAUCACGCAGUGUAUCCUUUGUGAUGUUGUUUGUAAUCGUUCAAUACGAUGUAGGUAGUCAAGUCUGCUCAUUGGAAAUUACCGCCAUCAUCCUCAGAUGGCGAAAGUUAUAAGGAGGAAACGAAGGCACA